ACAAUGUUUUAUUUUUUAAUAAUUUAAUUAUUUGUUGAUGUUUUUAAGUAUGUUUUAUAAUCAUUUAAAUCGUAAUUUAGAAUAAUAAAGUUUUUAAUAUUAUCAUGUCUUAUAGUUGAUAUUUUAUUUUAUCUUGUGUGAGGCUCACUAAAAACAUGGAUAAAUCAUAUCAAAAGUACAAAUAUAAAGUUAAAUUGUGGGAGACUAAAUUUAAGAAGAAGAAUGGAAGAAUACCUUCAAAGCACGAUAUUCAUGAGGCUGAAUUAGAAAUUCGUGAAGCUUACAAGAUGUAUUUUAAACUUAAAUCAGCAAUAUUGGAAGAAACACUUAUGGACAUAAGUUUUGAUGAUUUGGAUACCACAGAACCGAUGAACGAAUGUUCCCAAAGUUCCCAAACAGUAAAAGAUGCUGACAGUUCACACGAAGAAAUAAAUAAAUUACAAAAUACAGAUGAAAAAUCUCCCUUAAAAUUUAACUUAGAGAAAGAAAACACUUGUUGGAAUGUUGACAAAAAAGAAGAUGACAGAAAAGUUGAAGAAAUUUGGGGUUCACACUUGAGUAACAAGUUAAAACCGGAAGUAAAACCAAGCAUUCCUAUAAAAAGUGAAAAUGCUACAGUUAAACUAUCUCAAAAAUUAUUUAAAAAUUCUAGUUUUUCAAAACGUAAUCCCAGAAAGUCUUUAUCUAGUCAAUCAUUAAAUCGUUCUGAAUCUAAUUUAAGUAUGUCUUUCUCUCAACCCGAUUCACAAUCAUCACAAAAUUCUGCAGUUGAAAGUUUGCCAGAUAUGGAUAAAUUGCUUUCAUCUCAAGCUGAGUCGCAAGAAUUUAAAACUAAUGCUGCUUACAGUUCACAACCACUUCCAAAAACAUUGAGGAGCAUUGAUAAAGGAUGGCUGGAUCGUUGCACUUUAUCAACAAGUUUAUCCCAACCUGAUUCAGGGUUUAGUAGUUUGGAAAGCACCUAUGAAUUUUCAAAACCUAAUGAUGUUGAGGAGCAUAAAACAUUUGGUUUAAGAAACAUAGAUUCAAAACAAUUAAAGAAUGUAAUAAAUACUCCUGUAGAGUCUUUUGGGCAAGAUAAUGCAGUAAUAGAUGAUAUUGUUUAUAAUAGUGAGUCGGAGGAUGAAGCUAGUGCUUUUGAAAUUCUGAAAAAACGAAAAAUUGAUUCUUCUCAGACGUCUCCAAAGUUUAAAAACACGACUUCUGUAAAAGUUCAAAAUAGUUACAUUCCUAAGAAAAUUCAAGAUGAACCUCAAAAUACAGUUAUUUCCAAUAAUACUAGCUUUGAAAAUGUUGGGUGUUUUGAAGAAAUUUCUCCAAAUUCCCAAAAGAAAAAGAAAUUGAUUUAUGAUCACAGUAUACUUGAAGUACCUGUUCCUAAGAAACGAAUUGCAAGAAAUGAAACUAAAAAAAAUUAUUCAGAACAACAUGAUGAAGAUAUGGAGGAUCCAUUUAGCUUUAAUUCUGAUGAUGAUCCUGAAUUUGUUGUUGAAAAAGAAGAACCACAACCAAAAAAUAUUCCUGGGGAAAAGAAAAAAACUCGCAAAACUGCUACUAAAACCACAACUGAAGGAAGAACUAGAGCUGCUAAAACAAAAAAAAAUAGUAACUUCCAUAAAUCUAUACAAACUCGUAAAAAAGCUUCAAAAAAUAAAGAAGAAACUAAAGAGUCCGAACCAGAUAUAAAUAGUUUAAAUGAAACUGAAUAUGCCUUAGAAUUUUCAAUAGACCCCAACAACGCAACUAAUGUUUCAAGAUUUGGUGUUCAUGUUGAUGGUGAAGUCAAGGGAGAUUUGGUAAAGGAAUAUGCAUCGGUCAUAUCGAGCAAUGCCAGUGAUAUUGUAGAAAAAAGUCUGAAAUCUGUACAAAAAUUUGAUGAAACAAAAUUACAAAAAGCUUCUAGAGAGAAAAUGAAUGAGAACUUCAUUAGGAUUGAUCUAAAAAAGAAAGUUUAUGUGAGAGGCAAAAAACCAAUGAAUUAUAGUAGAUACAAAAAAGCUAGGUGGAAGGAACGAAAGGCUGCUGCAUUGGCUGGUCCAGACAUGGAUAUGGGUGGUUGCGAUGGCGGCUUGCUGAAAUGUUUUAGAUGUGGCCAUGUAGGUCAUUUCGCCCAGCAAUGUAAAGCAAAAAUUGGUGAACAAUUACUACCUUUGGAACAAGACGUUGAGAUUUGCCCAUACCCAAGCUUAGAAGAGGCUUCAGCAAUGGCAACUGAAUCACUUUUACUGGCUCAUGCUAAUAGACCAAAUUCGAUUCCACAGGCAUCAAAAAUGGCAAUAGAAGAACAGCCAUCAGAAUCAGCCGUGGAUAUAGAAUUUGAAAGUGAUUUUGAUGCUUCCAUGCUGGACCAGUCAUUUAAUGAAGAAAAAGAAUCUGAUGAACAAAUUGAAAACAAUGCCGAAGAAGUUCAAUAUAUUAAUAAUCAAGAUGAUAGUAACAAUGGUCAUAAUACAGUUGAUAGUGAGAUAAAUGUUGUAACAAGUAAAAAUGAGCAGGAAAACACAGAUUCUCAACUGGCUCCUAAAGUGUUUAAAAGACAUGUCAUUCCUGAAGCUUUAUUAAGUCAAUUAUUGCCUGCAACUAAAGAUGAAAAAGAAGAAAUUAUGCCAUUGUAUAAUUUGAAUUCUGAUGGAACUCUUAUGAAAACUCCAAAAGAAGUUUAUUCUAUUCUAAACAUGUUUGGCCAUAAAGAAUUCCGACCUGGUCAAGAAAAAGCAGUCAUGCGUAUCUUAUCAGGACUCUCUACUCUUGUAACAUUAAGCACUGGUAGUGGAAAAUCACUUUGUUACCAGCUGCCUGCUUAUCUGUAUGCGCAGAUGAAACCUUGUAUCACUUUGGUUAUUUCACCUUUAGUAUCAUUGAUGGAAGACCAGGUAACCGGUGUCCCUGAUUUUCUUCAUGCAACUUGUUUACACACAAAUCAAACUCCACAACAAAGGGAGAAUAUUAUGCAGGCAAUUCAAUCCGGGAUGGUCAAUAUUCUUCUAGUUUCUCCAGAGGCAAUUGUUUCUGGUGAGAAGAAAACUGGGUUUGGUGCGCUACUUCGAAGUUUGCCUCCAAUAGCCUUUGCUUGUAUAGAUGAGGCCCAUUGUGUUAGUCAGUGGAGUCACAACUUCAGGCCCAGUUACUUAAUGAUAUGCCAGGUUUUACGGGAAAAAUUAGGUGUGAAAACUGUGUUAGGUUUAACAGCUACAGCCACAAGACAAACACGUGAAAGCAUAGUCCAACAUUUACAAAUUCCUGAUGGUUUGAAUGGUAUUAUUAGUGACAUACCUCUUCCCAAUAACUUGAAUUUAUCUGUAUCUAAAGAUUAUAAUCGUGAUAGGGCCUUGAUAGAAUUACUAAAAAGUGAAAGAUUUGCAAGUCUUCAAUCCAUUAUUGUUUAUUGCACACGGAGGCAAGAAUGUGAACGAUUGGCCAGUUUUAUAAGAACUUGCUUGCAGGACUUGAAACCUCCAGAAGAAAAACAACAACGCAAACGUAAAAGAUCAAGCGUUACUUGGAAUGCUGAGCCAUACCAUGCUGGUAUGAGUGCUUCACGUCGAAGAACUGUUCAGAAUGCAUUUAUGAGAGGCGAUCUGAGAAUAGUUAUAGCUACUGUAGCUUUUGGAAUGGGUAUAAAUAAAUCCGAUAUACGCGCUAUUAUACAUUACAACAUGCCUCGAACAUUUGAAAAUUAUGUCCAGGAAGUUGGAAGAGCAGGCCGUGAUGGACUUCAAGCUCAUUGUCACUUAUUUUUGGAUUCAAAGGGAGAAGAUCAAAAUGAAUUAAAACGUCAUAUAUAUGCUGAUUCUAUUGAUAGGCAUGUUAUAAGAAAAUUAUUGCAAAGGGUAUUUGUUCCAUGUAAAUGUGCAGAAAACACCAAAUCAUCUCAGAGUAUCGAAACGAAGAAAGCGAAUGAAAUAAUUUCUAAUUCAUCUUUUGAAAACCCUGUUAAUACAAGAAAUCGAAUAUGUCCAGGCCAUGAAGUAGCAUUUAGUGUAUCUGAAACUGUACAAGCUUUGGAUAUUCCAGAGGAAAAUAUAUCAACACUACUAUGCUAUUUAGAACUACACCAAAAUAAUUAUGUUCACGUACUAAGUUCUGCUUAUACCACAUGCCGAAUUACUUCAUACGGCGGACCAAAGCAAUUGAGGUUAGCUGCUCAAAAUUGUCCACCACUUGCAAUGGCGAUUGCAUUAGAUUUGAAAAGAGGAAUCAAUCAUGAUGAAACAAGUAUUUUGGAAUUUAAAGUCAUCGAUAUUGCCUCUGCAAUAGGUUGGGAUAGUGGAGUUGUAAAGUACAAUUUAAAAAAGUUGGAGUGGUCUACAGAAAACGGUGCAUCGAAAAGAACUAGCCUAAAUGUUGAAUUUUCUGAUUUGGGUUUUCGAGUACGUUCGGCGGGCGAUUUAACAGAUGAAGAAUUAGAUGAAACUCUUGAUAUGUUAUAUGAAAGAACAUCUAAGCAAGAACAUAAAGCUCUAUUACAGCUCCAAUCUGUAUUCGAAGCCAUGACUUCGGUAUCUUUUCAAGAUUGCAGUAAUUGCUCUAGUUCAGCAUUGAUAAAAGAACGCUCGGAUCAGUUAAAGUUAAUUAUUCGCGAAUAUUUUCAGAAAGAUAAAGAUGAUUCUGUGAUGCCAAUGCAAAGUAUUAAGUCAAAUACAGAAGGUCAAAUUAUUUCCGAUGUACGAGCUAUGAUCUCUAAUUAUCCUGAAAAUAAUUUUACUGGGCGGGCCCUAGCUAGAAUUUUUUAUGGAAUUCAGAGUCCUAAUUAUCCUGCUGUGAUAUGGGGCAGAUGUCGUUAUUGGAGACGGCAUUUGCAUGAAGACUUCUAUCAGCUUAUUGCUAUUGCAAAUAGAGAAAUAAUUCGAAUGAGAACAUGACACACAGAGGAAAAGGCGGC